AUGCGAGUGGGGAGGCGGGCUGGCCGGCCGGGAGGUGAUGCCACAGAACAGAAGGCGGUGGAAGUGACCUUUCUGGGUUCUGGCCUGGUGUGCGGGGAUGUGGCUAAACGCACAAAGAAGGUCGGCGUUGGUAAAUAUGGGACCCGUUAUGGCACCUCCCUCAGGAAAAUGGUGAAGAAAAUUGAAAUCAGCCAGCACGCCAAGUACACCUGCUCCAUUUGUGGCAAAACCAAGAUGAAGAGACGAGCUGUGGGGAUCUGGCCUUGUGGUUCCUGCCUGAAAACAGUAGCUGGUGGUGCCUGGAGCGCCAACACCACUUCUGUCACAGUCAAGUCCACCAUCAGACGACUGAAUGAACUGAAAGACCAGUAG